ACCACAAAGUAAGCGCUAGGACGAUUGAGCGCAGGCGGUAGUGCCGAAGACUCGCUCGCUGGUGUGUGGCAAAGGCGCAAGCAGGCGUCUCAGGGCCGAGUUGCAAAGUGAUCGCUGGCCGGUUUUGCAGCACCCGAAGCGGCCCUCACGGUUAACGCUUCAGCGCGCCACGUGCAUGCAGCAGCUAGCGACGCGCAGCGGCGCCAGCAGCAGCAGCAGCAGCAGCGCGAACGCAGGGGCCAGCAGCCAAGAGUUUUGCUUCCUCCACGACCUGCGUUUUGUAGCUUGUUACAUAGAUUGUAUCUGUACAUGUAAGCUGCCAUCAACUCGUUGCUUGCAUGCGCAGGUCGCGACCGACCCCGGGUGCAUUGUACUACGUCGUGCAGUACCUGUGGCGACUUGUUUUGCUGUCUGGGCUAGCUUUGUUAUCACCUGCAAGCAUAGACAGCCACUCCUUUUGAACCGAGAUACGGUCAUACUGGAAACGGUCAGUAGGGCUCAUCUGCCAAAGGGCGCGAGCUGCACAUACCGUUUCUAAUCCUCUAAGGGUAUAUCCGUGACGAGCUCUUCAAAGUUCUAUUAAGUCUUGUACCACUCAUUGAGUGAAGCGUUUGCGAGUAUGCUGCGCCAUCCUCUCCCGCACCACGGAGCGCAAAUGCCCCCUGGUGCUAUGCAAGGUCCUCCAGCAGCCUUGAUUGGAGACCAGGAGCUGCUCUCGGAAGUUCUAAAGGUUCAGAACAAGAUCUUCUACCUGGACCUGAAGGAGAAUGGACGUGGAAAGUACAUCAAGAUUGCAGAGAAGGGCAAGUACCGGCCCAAGAGCAGCGUGGUUGUUCCGCUCUCCGGCCUGCACAGCUUCAUCCAGCUGUUUGACUUCUACAUGAACACCGAGGGCCCUGGGCCGCAGUCACGCGAUGUGGUGGUGGAGUCCAAGGUGUUCAACUUCAGCUGCGGUGAGAACGACCGCGGCCGCUUCCUGCGCAUCUUCGAGAGCGGCGGCGGCUACCCUGCGGGCGGAUCCAGCCUCAUGGUGCCCGCCGGGUGGGGCAACGCUAACAUUCGCGCCUUCCGCGAGAGCUUUGAGAAGAUCGCCAACUGGCUCGGCCAGACGGGCAUGCCGACCGUGGACAUGUCCAGCGGCCUGGCGCUGACCUCGGCUCCGGACGCGGUGACGCUGGACGUGAGCAAGGAGGGCGGCCCGGUGCUGUCGGUGGGCUCCAAACACUUCUUCUUCGACGCCCGCAUGAAUGACCGCGGCCGGUACCUGAAGAUCAAGGAGGUGUCUGGUAACAUGAAGACGCUGCUGGUGGUUCCCGCACACGCCGUGGCGCAGUUCCAGGAGGCAAUCAGCAUCGCCAUGAUGGCGCCGCCGCGCCCCGACAAUGAGGCGGCUGGCGGCGGCAACGGCGGCGGCGGCAUGCAGGGAGGAUCUGGCGGCAUGGGGCCGGGCGGCAUGGGCCCUGGAGGCAUGGGCCCUGGAGGCAUGGGCCCUGGAGGCAUGGGGCCAGGAGGCAUGGGGCCAGGAGGCAUGGGGCCAGGAGGCAUGGGCCCUGGAGGCAUGGGCCCGGGAGGCAUGGGCAUGGGUGGCGGGCCCGGCGGCCCGCAGCAGGGUGUGCCGGGCGGCCCCGGCGGGUUACCGGCGGCGAUGCAGCAGGCGUAGCUGGAGUGCUGCUCGCGGCUGCCCCGCCCGCCGCCCGCCCCGCCCAUGCACGUUCCGGCCCUGAAGAGUGGAAGGCGGCGCGGAGGCAGCUCCGUCCUGCUGGCCAUGAAGCUAGCGCUGUAUGUUGCUCCCGGGCUAGCGCCGGCCACGAGGCGUGGCUAGCGUGGCAUGGCUUGCUUGCGCUGCGGCAGCUGCGGGUGUCGUGGCUGGGGGCCCAAAACACAUAAGCAGUCACCGUACUUACGUCAAGCCAGGAGCUAGCGCCCGCUUGCGACGCGGAUGGGCCGCAGUAGCCAAGGUGUGUUGAUCUCAACGAUAUGAUGCAAGAGAUGCUGUCUAACUUCCUUCGUUCCUGCUGUUCUAUCUUUCUGAGUUGCGUUCGCAUGUGAAUGUGACUGACCCCAGUUGGUCGGUGCGACGGACCGAGCACGCACACAUGCGGGCAUGUUUGGGCAGGUGGGAUCGCUGUCAGCUAGACAGAAGAAAACGCAUGAUGAAUCGUGUACGCACGCGGCAAGACAUCUGGUAAUGGUCGAGUGACGCCCACUACUAACAAGAAUAAGCCCCAUGCAUGCUGCGGGCGGCGGCGGUACGGGCGGCCUCAUCCGGAAUUGGGAACACAGGUUGCCUUUCUUACAAGCAUGGUUAGAAUGCGCAUGCGCACUGUGCGGUCCGUACUAAGCUAGGUUUGAUUUGACCGGGACUACGAAUGAACCGGUGCCACAUUUGUGCGCCCCUAAAUGAAGCAAUAAGCUUUCACUCGCGUGCACGCACCGUCGUUAUGCGCACUGCUGCUGCCUUUAUGUGUAUGGUUGGGCUCAACGUACGGAAGGACGUGGACGGGUGUAGGCUCGCUUUUUCAUGAAACAACAAUCAACAUGUAUGAGUGUGUGGAGGGCACGGCCAGGGGAGCUGAUGAUGGGCGUAAAAGCAAAACCACUGGCAAGCUGCUGGAGCCGUCUACGCUAACGAUUAAGCGUGUGGCUGCAUUUAGCUCGGUCGGCGCCAACUUGGCGAUACAUACAAGCCUAGCUGGACACCUGCUGGUAUGCGUUUGUGGCGAUUGCGUGUAUGUGCGUGUGUGCGCACGCCUCUUUCGUGCUGCCAGCCCGCCGGAUUAAGGGGUGGAUGGAUGGAUGCGUGUGGGUCGGUCGGGUGCAGCGGCGAUCGCUGGAAUGCCGUGGCGACCAGCCACGGCGGGACUCAUGUAUGCCGUUUGUUGAGUGCGUGCGUGGCAAGGUAGGGCGGGCGAGACUUCGGUGCGUGGCCCUGCUGAUCGACGCGCUUGCAUGGGAGCGAGUACGCCCAAACAAGUUGAUGCUAUGGACGGACGAAUGGACAAAGUUAUCCACGCUAGCUAGCUAGCCAGUUUGCGUCGUUAGCUGCUGGCAUUGAUUGUUGGCGUGCUUGCAACCCAUGGUUUGGAUUUGGUUGACUGGGAACGAUGCGCCUGGCUGGGUUGCAGCGUUGCAUGCAUGUAUAUAUAUAAAAUGCUCGCCGAUACGCUACGCACUUGCUUCCAAUGUCACCUGCGCCCGCCCGCGCAUAGCGUGUCGCGGUAACUACCCGUGACUUGUCAUCAUGCUCGCUCACUUGGUGGUAAGUGCUGAGUGGAAGGGGCGCCUUCCGUAAUGCGGCCACAUGAGCGUGCCCCCGGCGGCACGCAUGCAUGCAUGCGCCAGCCCUGACGUGAUGCACGCGUUGCUGCAAGCUUGCUUGGUGCUUGCUCAUCAGUGUGGCCUUGUUAGCUAUCCGGCGAGAUGCAGGAGCAGUGAAUGCGCUGCUGUCCACAUUCAAAGCAGUCAACCUGUUGGUCAUUGACGAGCAGGAUUGAGGCAGGCGCGAAGGUCUGCUGAAAGCGCGUGAUGAUAGAUAUGCCGCUUGCUGAUACGUGCGUGUGCAAGCUUGGGUGUUGCACCCGGGGUGGCCACGACGACGACGUGAGUCGCCAGCAUGCCGAGCAUAUUCGCCUCUGCUACUGCGUGCAUAUGCGCGACGGUAAAUGGAUCUGCACUGUAAAGGCACGGUAGG